AUGUCGGGGACAAAGCUACUUUUGAGCUUUAUCAGUAGCCAGCUGAUUCUGGACCACUGGUUCUGCGACACCCUGGUGAUGGCAGUCUUCUGUGCUGAGCUGGGGAAAGCCAAAGUGGUGGAAGCAGUUACGCACAGCAACCUUCGACACAAGUUGGUGACGAUGGCGCCUAAGAGAGAUCGGCCGGAGGAGUCGGACUACUCCUAUGUGGAGGAUGAAGAUGAAGAGGCGGAGGAAGCCGACCCGCCUGAGACGACUCCUUCGGCAAGGGACAGAACCCCGGCACGAGAGGAGACGACGCUGCCUCCAAGGGAGAGAACUGGCUCGGCUCCUGAAGGUAGUGCUGGAGCCCCAAAGGCGAAGUCUGUACCGGCACCUGCCCCGAAGCUGGAGCCAAGGACUUCGCGGCCGGUCAGUCCGGGCUCUAGUAGCGACCGCGGGCCACGAGCCCGCCGCUCAGAUCGUAGCCCACGGGGCCGCGACAAGGAGAGGCGUGGCAGGUCUCACUCCCGUGACCGGCGCCGGCGUGCAGAGGGAUCCAGGUCUCACAGGGAAGAACGGCGUAUGCGGCCUGCAGAACCGUUUCCCCCGAUGCCGGAGAUGCCGCCCCCUCCACCUCCGCGGUCGAAGGGGAAGGGCAAAACGAGAAAGCAAGUUUUCCCGCAUUGCUGGCACAAAGUGGGAAACGCAGGAGGCAUCUCUGGCCUCAGCCAACACAUGUGGUGGAAUGAACUAUGCCUAGCAUGGCAACUGUAUGGCCAGCACGGUGAGAAGUGCGCCUCGUGGGAGGAAGCCUUGGAUCGCGCCAGAGACUUGAAAGAAGCACGGCGACGUGACGCUGAGGAGGAAUUUGGCCCAGAGAACAUCGUGGCGGCGCGAUCCAAGUCUCAUCGUCGGGCGGAGGAGGCGAAGCGACAUGAGGAGCCAGAGGCUGAGGCCGCUCCAAGCGAGCGGAAAGAGGAGAAAGGGCGGCGCAAAGAAAUGAAGAGACGUCGCCAUCACAGCCCAUCGCCUGAUGUCCGAGCAGGGCCUAAGGGGCCGCGACGACCUCCGUCAAGUGACGAUGAGGAGGACAGAGGCGCAGGGGCGGCCAAGCGCCGCAGGGCUGCAGAUGAGGUGUGGAUUCGUGUGCCGCGAGCUGCGCUGAUGGGACGUUGA